UCCCUGCUUCCGGGCCGAGGAUUCAACAUUACAUAUUACCAGUGCCUCUGGGCCUCCAUAUAAACAAUCUGAUAACAUCGACGAUCUCCUCCCGAAUCAGGGUAAAUCAUUUGUCGCACAAGCCACCGAAACGUCAUAUCCGCUUCCGCCAAGACCCAUACCGAGGCUGCCCUCUUCUAUGAAUAUAUGAACGAAAACCCGAAGCUGGUCUCGGACACGAAUAACUCUCGCGCCGGCGCAAGCCGCAAGACCUAUUCCCUCUGCAACGAGUGCGCGACAUCGACGGCCCCUCGCCCAAACGCACCUUCAUGUCCGAACAGAGCGAUGAUGCUGUGCCGCCCAGCUCUGUGCCCCUCGCGCCCUCCACGGACAGUUCAGCGGAUCCCAACCCCCCAGCAGCGCCCAUAGCCACGCCUGCCAAUGAGGCCGACGAAGAACCGCUCAGCGGAUUCGACGAUGCGCGGCGUAUCGUGAGGCUGCUCCAGUGCGCGCAAUGCUCCUUGCCACUUCGCGAACCUAUGACGCUGUCGUGUGGCAAUUCGCUGUGCAAACAGUGUCUGCCAGAGAUACAUACGCGGCAGAACAUAACGUAUCCAGCGACCGCGGCGCGGAUGCAAGGGAUCGAUUGCCCGUUUCCGGAUUGUAUGAGGAGCCACGCGCUGGGGGAUUGUAGCAUGGAUGUUACGCUGUCAAAAGUUGUAGCCCAGGCUAAAAACUCCAUGGACGAGUUUCGACCCGUCAUAGGCGAGGCGCCGAUACUGCUCGAGGAGAAGGAUGAAUGGGCAGCUGCCGGAAUAGCGAGUCUCAGCGGCAAAUCACCGAGAAGUAGAGCUUUGCCAGGUGGCCGGCUAAUAGCAACAUAUAGGAUGGUAGAGUUGGGCGAGCUCGCCCACGACGCGGAAGUCGCAUAUAAACCCCUCUCCGGCGCGACAGGAGACUCCAAAGACCUCGACGCAACGACCCUGGAAGCAGUCAAGGAAAAGAUCCGCAGCGAGUUCGACUGCCAGAUCUGCUACGCCAUCUAUCUAGAUCCCCUCACCACGACCUGCGGCCACACAUUCUGCCGCAAAUGCCUCCAGCGCGUUCUAGACCACUCCUCGUACUGCCCAAUCUGCCGCCGCCUCCUUGACCUAUCCCACACCAUAUCUCCCACCCAAUACCCCUCCAACGCGCGCCUCGCUUCCCUCCUCGCUGGCCUCUGGCCCUCCCUCCUCACUGCGCGCCGCGCCCUCUUCGCAACAGAAGAAUCCCCCUCCCCACCCGACCUCAACCUCCCCCUCUUCAUUUGCACUAUCUCUUUUCCCACUAUGCCCACCUUCCUCCAUGUCUUCGAGCCCCGCUACCGCCUCAUGAUGCGCCGCGUCCUCGACUCAGACCGCCGCUUUGGCAUGCUCCUGCAUAACCCCGAACAGAUCCCCCAGCCCGGCCUCGCCACCACGCCCCUUUUCUUCGAAUAUGGCACCCUCCUCCAUAUCGUCAGCGCUCAGCUCCUGCCCGAUGGGCGAAGCCUCAUCGAAACAGUCGGUAUCUCGCUCUUCCGCGUCCUCCGCCAUGGCGUCCGAGACGGCUACCUAGUUGGUAGCGUGGAGCGCGUCGAGGAUCUCCCUCUGGCUGACGAAGAAGCCCUUGAGAUCGCCGACACCGCUAUCACUGUAGAUGCAGACGCAGAUGCAGGCGCGGACGUGGAUGCGAACCCAUUCGCCGCCCUCUCGACACAAGAUCUCAUGGCACUCUGCACGGCAUUUGUCCGCCGCAUGCGCGCGGCGUCUGCGCCAUGGAUGGAUGCACGCACGCUGCGCGUCUACGGGGAAUGUCCUACGAGUCCCGCGCAGUUUCCGUGGUGGUUCGCUAGUGUGCUACCGUUACCAGAAAGGGACAAGUAUGCAUUAUUGCAGACGACGAGUGUGCGGGAGCGGUUGAAGAUUUGCGCAGCGUGGGUGGAAAGGAUAGAGAGGGUGCCGGAGCCGAAUAGGAGUAGUAGCUGUGUGGUCAUUUGACUCGCGGUUGUGGGGAUUAUGACGGUGGUUUUAGGCGUCUGGGUUGCUCCAGAGGGGGCUUGAUGCAAGGCGAUGCGCUGCCUUCUCUGUGAUCGUCCAUUCGCCUCUUGCUGUUGCCGUCGAAUUCCCACAGCUGUGCGUCUUCGUGUAAAUAUUUGGCCGCAGACCAGGCCAGUCACAUACCGUUUAUCAUUGGUUGUUGUGGGAAAGUGUGUUAAAAACCUCUCAUACGUGGCAGGGUUAUUUGGGUUUGUUUGUGUUUAUAGCAUUGGAGUUUAUGUGUGCAUACUGGCGUUGGGAUGUAUUAUAUUUCGUGGUGGGCAUGAUAGCCAGAGUUUUUUGAGACCAGUAGCCACUGGAGCUGGGAGUCAAGGUGGUAUUAGGGCGUUAAUUUCACAUUUUACGGGACAGAGUUUUGUAUAGGGGCUGUAUACUGUGCCUGGCGGUGGCCAGGUUGUAUAUAUCGUGUAAGAUGGUAGAUGAUUAGAGUUGCAUCUACAUGCAUUCAUUAUUGUUUUACUGUACCCGCGGUGAAUAUUCCGAUAUAUCCAACGAGAAUGGUUUGUGGCUACAAUAUUCACAGUGUAUUUCACUGCGUAGCAAGUAAUCUGGAUUUAAUAUCGUUCUUGGUAUCUGCCUAUUGUAAUAUACAGUUGUGCAUCAUCAAACGCCAUAUCCAUCCGCCAUCUGCGUCAAGGAAUAUCCCUCUGGUAUAUAAUUCGGCGCCAAAGACCGUAUAUAGCCCUGAACUCCACUUCAUACGUGCUCUUAAAUGGCCAUUUCAGGACUAGAAUAUUCCUAAUAGAAGGUCUCGGCGACGUGUCGAUGUGCUGCUCUAAUCAUGAACACGUGAAACCGAAACACUGUAUAUCGUGUCCGAUGUCCGCAAAGGGACCGCAUAUCUUACAACUAGCUUUCGUCGUGGUGAUAGUAGCUAGCAUUGGACGUUCAUCUGUAUCCGCGGCCUCUCGCUCCACCACGUCCACCGCCCCGGUUGUAACCUCUCCCGCCGUCACGGUAAUUGCCCCUGUCACUCCUCCCGUCAACCAUGUUGUCGCUGUACAGCGGUUUCGGGGCUUCGUAUUGAUCCGUGUCCAUGCGAUCGUCCUCGAAUCCGUAUGAGCCAUCCACAACUUCAUUUCUGCUGCUGCCACGGUUGCGUUGAUUGUAGUGAUCGGAGUCCGCAGGGCGCGUAGGCCUGGCGUUGUUGCGGUCAGCGCGAGGGCCG